GACUUUAUUUUGGUCCACACACUUACACAUAGGGCCCGAGGGUAAAAGCCUCCCAGUCUCGACGCACCCUAACUAUUUUCGUAUAAUAGCUUCUCUACGAAAUAGUUUCGGUUUCGUUUUCUCUUGAGGUUUCUGUGUCGUGACGUCACGACGCCGAAUGUGGUCGCCUGGGAACAAAGCAUCUUGACGUUUCGGCACACGUACUUCAGCGUGACCGGUCGUCUGGCAUAUGCUAGCUCGAGCCGAGUUGCAGCGUAGCAGACGAUCGAGUGCAGACGACGAGUGCAGACGACGAGUGCGCCAUCUUCACAAACGGACUUGUGUUCCUUUUCGACGAGAAACGGUGAAGCACUUAUCACUUCGUGAAGUUAUGUUCGCCAAACGCGUGUUGAUGCCGUAUUUUUACCAAGUUAGGGCAGUAAUUAGAAGCCAGUCGCGCGAUACGCUACAAUCUUGCGGAUUCAAUCCAGGUUUGGGGUGGCGUCCGUGCCGUUCCACCUCUGCCGGUACGUCAUCUACGGUCCGGUAAAAUUGGACGGCUGGACCGCCAGGGUGUUGCCGACGGCCCGUGACGUCAUCCUCAUCGAGCAACUCAGUUCGACCGUCGCUCUCAGUUCCGGCAACACAACAUCCCUUCUGGUGUCCGUCAGAGGCCGCGGCGAGUUCACCUCCAUGCGCCGCUCUGCGGGAAACGUCAGGUACUUCGCGGCAAAUCUUCUCGAGUGGGCGCUGGAGCAUGGCUUCUCCGGAGUCCACCUCGACUGGCGCGGCUUCGAGUCGCCGCUGUGCGGGCGGCCCGGAAACGACGCCGCGCUCGAGGCCGUCCUUCGGCAGCUGCGCGAUCUGGCCCGACUGAACCGCGUCCCGCUGGUCCUGGCCCUCUCGGCGUCCACCGUGCCCGCGGCGCCCGGCGACCUGGUCGACUACUACCUCCUGGAAGCGGGCGACCGCCGCUGCGCUGACCUGGACGAGGCGGGCCUGGACACGCUCUACCGAAAGCUUCGCGAGUCUGAGGCAUCCGCGUUCUCCGUGUGCUGGACUGUGUCGGCGGCCGUGGAGGUGUUCGAGAGGACCGUCGGAGUCAGGGGAACCCAUCUGAGGUUCGCAGGUCUGGUGCCGCGCAGCCGGGUCUGCAACGUGCGGGCCAACGGCAGCUUCCGGGAGUGCACCGUCGGCGAGCUGCCGCAAGACGUGGAGGGCGGACUCGUGUUCCGGUACCGAGCUGCGGACAAGGUCGCGCAGAAUGUGCGUCACUACGCAAAAUAUGGAAGGGUCUGGACCUGCGCACCGACCCCACGUGCGUGCUCUACGUAGACGGCGACUUCGACGACCCAGCCGGAGAGUGCGGAGAUCCGUUUCCGUUGCUGCGAGCGUUGCUCGUGUCGUGAGAAUCCGAUCGUGCAACCUCGAAUACAGAAUACGUUGUAUACUACGCGGUGAUUUUCAAAUAGCGAAAAAAAAA